AUGGAAUUAGCUGGAAAGAAUUCGAAAGAACGUUUAUUGUUCGUUUUUUGCGUUAUUUCUUAUUUCUGUGUGUCGACCAAUGCUGAGGCCAGCUGCAAACUCAAAGCCAAAUUCAAUCUGAGCGGAUAUAAGGAUGUGGAGAAGAAGACGGUGGUUAUUGGUGGUAUGUUUCCUAUUCAUAAUCGCCUGGCAUCAACUGACGGCAACACCACAAACGCUCCAGAGUCCUCGGAAUGUGAGGGUUUUAACUUCCGUACUUUCCGCUGGACUCAGACCAUGCUGUUUGCCAUUAAAGAGAUCAACGCCAGGGUCGACCUGUUACCCAAAACUGAGCUAGGUUAUGUCAUCUAUGAUUCGUGCUUCACCAUUUCCAAAGCUGUGGAGGGGACCCUUACCUUCUUGACAGGCCAAGAUGAGGCUGUGCCCAACUACAGAUGUGGAGAUGGUCCUCCACUUUCGGCUUUGAUCGGGGCUGGAGGCUCUGAUCUCUCUAUUGCCACUGCCAGGAUCCUGGGCCUCUACUAUUUCCCACAAAUGAGCUACGAAUCUUCAUGCUCAGUUUUAGAAAGCAGAUUUCAAUACCCCACCUUCCUCCGCACUAUACCCAGUGACGAGCAUCAGUCUGUGGCUAUGGCGCGACUGGUGCUGCAUUUUGGCUGGACCUGGGUGGGUACCAUCGCAGCCGAAGACGAUUACGGCAAAUAUGGCAUCAAGAGGUUCAAGGAGCUGGUGGAAGAAGCAGGGGUCUGCACAUCCUUCUCUGAAACCCUCCCCAAGGUCAGCAGCCCAGAGGCCAUCCAGCGCAUUGUGCAGACGGUGCUGGACUCCACGGCUAAGAUCAUUGUGGUGUUCUCCUCUGAUGUGGAUAUGAGCCUCCUGGUGGAAGAACUGCUUUUGAACAAUGUCACCAAUCGCACGUGGAUUGCAAGCGAGGCCUGGGUCACGUCUGCUGCCAUCUCACAUCACCGCAAUAUUCUGCCCGUUCUGGGUGGCACGAUCGGGUUCGCUGUGAGAAAAGCCACAAUACCCGGCCUGGAAGAGCACCUGCUGCAGAUCGAUCCCUAUCAGGACCCUUUGACAGAAGAGUUUUGGGAGACAGCUUUUAACUGUACGCUGAAUUAUCAAAAGGCAAUGCAAAAUGCCCAGACAAGAGAGGCCAGAGAAUCAGGGAAUAUUACAAGUGCUCAGGAUGUCAGAUUAGCUCCCGAAGGCCUCUGUAAUGGGAAGGAGAUGUUAGGCAAGUUAAAUAAUACAUUCACAGACGUGUCACAGUUGAGGAUUACGUACAAUGUGUAUAAGGCUGUGUAUGCCGUGGCACAUGCCCUUCAUAAUCUGGAGCAUUGUGUACCAGGGUAUGGCCCUUUUGAUGGCGGCACCUGUGCUGACAUUGAUAAAUUUGAGCCUUGGCAGCUGAUGUACUACCUGAAGAAUCUCAGAUUUAAAGUCCCUCACACCGGAGAAGAGAUUUACUUCAAUAAUGGCGAUGUGGAAGGCUUUUAUGAAAUCUUAAAUUGGCAGAGUGAUUCAGAGGGUGGGGUUAAAUAUCACUCCAUUGGUAACUAUAGUGGCACAUUGCCCAUAGAUAAGAGAUUGACAAUUGACAACACCUCUAUCAUCUGGAACAAUGAAAUUCUGGAGGUGCCACGCUCUGUGUGCAGUGAGAGGUGCCAGCCGGGAACCAGGAUGGGUAUCCGUCAGGGAGAACCUGUUUGCUGUUUUGACUGCAUCACAUGUGCAGAUGGCGAGAUCUCGAACACAACAGAUGCAAGAGGUUGUAUCCAAUGCAAUGAAGACGACUGGUCCAAUGCAAAUCAUGAUGAGUGUGUGCCAAAGACCAUUGAAUUCCUGGACUUCUCGGAACCUCUUGGGAUCACACUUAUCGCCAUCUCUGCUUUUGGGGCCCUUUUGACUAUCGUAGUUGCCAUCAUUUUCUUUAUUCACCUAAACACCCCUCUGGUGAAGGUCAAUGAUCCACUGCUAAGCUUCUCCCUGCUGUUCGGUUUGGUCAUCACCUUCCUUUGUUCUAUUGUCUUCCUGGGAGAGCCUCAGAUGUGGUCUUGCAUGACCAGCCAGGUGGCACUGGCUGUUGGCUUUGCUCUGGUCCUCUCCUCCAUCAUGGGGAAGUCAGCUCUUCUCAUGCUGAGAGCCAGAGCGGUUAAAGCCGUCAAAAAUGCCUCCAAGAAGGCCAAAGCGGCUGCGGCAGCUUCUGAGCAAAGUCCCGACACCGCUGUCAUUGCCCCAGCCAUACCUCAGAAGAAUGACUUUGACCCCAUACAUCCCAGAACCCAGAGGGCGAUAAUGAUAGUGUGCACCCUGAUCCAAGUGGUGGGCUGCACUGUGUGGCUGCUCCUAGUUCCUCCGCACCCGGUGAAAAACACGGCCGCCCAGAACAUUAAGAUCAUCUUAGAAUGUGAUCCUGGAAACAUCAUCUUCAUCUGCUCCAUAUUUGGCUAUGACAUUCUGUUGGCAGUCGUCGCGUUCGCCUUUGCUUUCGUGGCGAGAAAGUUGGAAGACCACUUCAGCGAGGGCAAGAGUGUGACCUUUGGCAUGCUGGUGUUUUUCAUCGUUUGGAUCUCUUUCGUGCCGGCCUACCUGAGCACACGGGGGAAGUUCAUGGUGGCUGUGCAAAUCUUUGCCAUCUUGGCUUCCAGCUUCGGCCUGCUGGCUUGUGUUUUUCUCCCCAAGGUCUAUGUGCUGCUUAUCAAGCCUGAGAGGAACAAAGAGGAGAUGAUGAUUACCAGACCGAUAUCUCGUGGCACAGCUGCCAAUGGAAGCUCAGCGUCUAUAGCCAGCACUGCCAACGGCAAUGGCACCACUGUGUCCACCGUGUCUCUAGAUGAAUGAAGACAGUGCCUGAAAACAUCACUAUGAACUUUCAAGUCCGAUUUAUUUGUUUGAACUUCAUAUUUCAUAAAUAUAAAUUUACAUAUCAGAUCUAAAACAGAAUAGGAAUAACAGUAAAGAGACCUUAAAGGGGUCAUAUCAUACAUUAUUAUUACUAUUUCUAUUUCUAUUUUAAAUCUAUGUCAAGUUUCUAACUGCCAUGUUCUUUAAUAACAGUCUCUAUGCCAUGUUUGAUUAAGAAAAUAAAGGAAGGAAAAUAAUGAAAGUAAAAUUGGAUUCCUCACGAUAUGACCCUUUUAAAUAAACAUGAAAUUUGCACUCAGGGUGUUUUUUGACUAGUGUAGCUGUUGAUAUGAAGCAAGAGUCGGCACAUAAAUAAAAUAAAACUUAUUUCCUGUCUUAAAGACAUGACAAUAGAGAGGUAAUGCAGGUUCCUGACAGCAGGUGGGAGCACUGAGACUUCAGCAGCCGGAUAUUCUCCACAUAAAAGUACCACAGUUGCUCCUGUUUGAUAAAUAAAAGAUGUAUCGCAAUAGUUUUGCUAACAUACAUGAAGUAUAUUUUUGUGAAACUUCUGUAAACUAUGCUUUAUUUCUAAAUGUAAAGUUUCUUUAAAGGUUUUAUUGGUGA